ACUAAUGGCUUUGGCGGUGGUGGGAGAAGCUUUCGUCUCGGCUUCUGUGGAGCUGUUGUUAGAGAAGAUUGUUUCUGGUGAGUUCGUGAACUUCUUCCUUAUCAAGAAGCUUGAUGAGUCACUCCUUCACAAGAUGCAAACAACACUGCUGAGUCUUCGAGCUGUUCUCAAUGAUGCUGAGGAGAAACAGUUCUCAGAUGCUGAUGUCAAGCAAUGGCUGGAUAUGCUGAGACAUGCUGUCUUUGAUGUUGAAGAUUUGUUGGACGAAAUCAACACUGAGGCUUUGCGAUCCAAAGUGGAAGCUGAGUAUCGAAGUAAAACUGUCUGUGGUAAGGUGCAAAACAUCCUUUCUUCUCCUUUUAAGCGGUCUCAUGGGGUGACCAACUCUAAAAUGCAAACAUUAUUUGAAAAAUUACAAAACUUUGAACGACAAAUACACUCUCUUGGAUUGAGAGUAGGUGUUUCCAGCACUGUUUGGCAUGGAACUCCUUCGAGUAGUGUGGUAAUUGACGAAUCUGCUAUUUAUGGCAGAGAUGAGGACAGAAAGAAACUUAAAGAUUAUUUGCUGUCAGAUAAGAAUGACAUUGAUAAUGGUAAUAAGAUAGGAGUGAUUUCCAUAGUUGGUAUGGGAGGGAUUGGUAAAACAACCCUUGCUAAACUCCUUUACAAUGAUCCAGAUGUAAAGGAGAAAUUUGAUUUGAAAGCAUGGGCACAUAUCUCAAAGGAUUUUGAUGUUUUCAAGGUCACUCAAACCAUCCUAGAAUCCAUCACUUCAAAAACUAUUGAUACCAAUAGCCUAAAUCCUCGACAUCUUGAUUCUGUCCCUUCAAAAAAAAUUGAUACUACUAACCAAAAUCCUAGACACCUUGAUUCUGUCACUCCAAAAAUAACUGACACCAGUAACCUGAACACCUUACAAGUGCAAUUGCAGCAAAGUUUAAGCCAUAAAAUUUUUUUGCUUGUGUUGGAUGACAUAUGGGAAGGAAAGUAUAGUGUUGAUUGGUACAAUCUAAUGGACAUUUUUAAGGCUGGGAAAAUGGGAAGUAGGAUCAUUAUCACGACACGACAUGAAACUGUGGCUCUUGCCGCUCAAACCUUUCUUCCUAUCCACCAUUUGGAAGUUCUAGGAAAUCAAGAUUGUUGGUCUUUAUUUUCCAAACUUGCAUUUGGACCAUGUAACUGUGAUGAACGGUCUAACCUAGAAGGAAUUGGCAUAGAAAUUGCUAAAAAAUGUGGUGGCUUACCAUUAGCUGCAGUAGCACUUGGGGGCCUUCUUCGCAACAAUCCAUCGCAACGUGAGUGGAAAAAGGUUUUAGAAAGUAACAUUUGGGACUUGCCAAAUGUUCAGGUGCAACCAGCUCUUUUGUUGAGCUAUCAUUAUCUUCCUUCGGUGUUAAAACGAUGUUUUGCAUAUUGUUCAAUUUUUCCAAAGAAUUCCAAGUUAGAAAAGAGGAUGGUAGUUCAGCUGUGGAUUGCAGAAGGCUUUGUACACCCCAAAAGACAGGAAAGUAUGGAAGAAACAGGUGAUGCAUACUUUGAUGAUCUAGUGUCAAGGUCAUUGAUACUUCAGAGGUUGGACGAACAGAAGCCACAUGGAACUGUACGUCAUUUGUCGUACAAUAGAGGGAUAUUUGACAGUUAUAGUAAAUUUUAUGCUUUGAGGGGAUCAAAAGGUCUCCGUACCUUCCUACCUCUAAAUGAAUUGCGUUUGUGUUACUUUUCAAAAAAGACGAUAGAUGACUUGUUGCUCGCAAUGAAACAGUUGCGGGUGUUGUCUUUGUCAAACUACAGGAAUGUGGAGUUGCCUGACUCUAUUGGGCAUUUGAUACACUUGCGGUACUUAAAUCUCUCUAACACUUGGAUUGAGAGGCUGCCUUCUAAGACAUGCAAGCUUUACAAUUUGCAGACCUUGUUGUUGUCCAAUUGUAAGUAUCUCACUGAGUUACCCAAAGAUAUGGGAAAAUUGGUGAAUCUACGCCACCUUGACAUCAGUGGCACUGAAUUGCGAGAGAUGCCCGCACAAAUAGCCACGCUUCAAAGUCUCCAAACUUUGUCCGACUUUAUCGUCGGUGAACAUCGUGAUGGGUUGAAGAUUGUAGAGCUGAGUAAAUUUCCCCAUCUGCAAGCGAACCUUUCCAUCUCAGGACUACAGAAUGUUAAGAACCAUACCGAUGCUUCUCUAGCAAAUUUGAAGAUGAAAAAACAAAUUGACGAGUUGGUGCUAAAAUGGAAUGACGAUGCUGAUAACGCUGGGCUGGUACUCGAAAGGUUGGAGGCUUCAACAAAUUUGAAAAAGCUCUCCAUCAGAAACUAUGGUGAAACCAAGUUCCCGAAUUGGGUGGGUGAUUCUUCAUUUGGCAACAUGGUGUAUUUGGUCAUCUGGCGUUGUACUCGUUGUUCUUUGUUGCCACCCCUGGGACAGUUACCUAAGCUGAAAGAACUAUUGAUUGUUGAUAUGAGAUCAUUAAAGACAAUCGGUGGUGAAUUCAGGGGAAGUAGUUCUCUUUCAUUCCAGCCGUUUCAAUCUUUGGAGAUUCUAAGUUUUAGAGAUAUGCCAGAAUGGGAGGAAUGGAAUUUGAGUGAAGGUACUGUUACAAAAUUUCCAAGCCUAAAACAUCUAACACUUGAAAUGUGUCCGAAACUCAACCGAAACAUACCUGGCAGCAACUUUCCUUCCUUAACUAAACUUGAGUUAGAUGAAUUUCCUUUAUCCACAGAUUUUCCACAAAGCCAGUUGAUGUUGCCCUUCAGUUCUGUUUGUGAGUUAUCUAUCAGAGGCUUCUCUUCUCUGAAAUCAUUCCCAAGAGAUGGUUUACCUAAAACCUUACAGUCUCUCUUUCUGUCUUUGUGUGGGAAUCUGGAAUUUCUUCCUCGUGAAUCCUUGCACAAUUACAAAUCACUUGAGAAUUUGACAAUUAAAUACAGCUGUGAUUCAAUGGAUUCCUUUACAUUGGGCUCUCUACCCGUUCUUAAAAGUCUUUCCAUCUAUGGUUGUAGAAAUCUUAAAUCCAUUUCAACUGUAGAAGAUGCAUCGUCGAGUCUCUCACUUAUUCGAAGUAUCGAGAUACGGAGCUGUGAUGAGUUGGAGUCAAUUUCUCCCGCUGGGUUGCCCACUCCUAACCUCAUUCAUUUUAAUGUGAGUAGGUGUUACAAGCUCGUGUCAUUACCAAAAUCCAUCAACACUCUCACUGGGCUUCAAAAGUUGGCUGUAUUUGGACUUCAAAAUCUGCAAUCUUUCGCCACGGAAGGUUUGCCUACUAAUCUACGGGAACUAGACGUGGGCUUUAUUGGAGGAAUUUCAUCAGCUAAAAGUAUUAGUCAGUGGAGAUUGGAAUGCCUCACUUGUCUAUCCGUGUUGCGAAUAAGAGGUGACGAUAUGGUGAAGAUGCUGAUGGAAAUGGAAGUGCCAUUCUUGCCCACUUCUCUCACGUCCUUGACCAUCUAUGAGCUUGACAAUACAAAAUUCUUGGACGGCAGGUGGCUUCAGCACCUCACCUCUCUCCAAAACCUUCGUCUACAGGAUUGUUAUAUACUCAGGUCGUUGCCAGAGAGACUGCCUUCCUCUCUUAAGGUGCUAGAGAUCUGGCUCUGUUCUAAGAUAAAGCGAAAGAAAGAGUGGCCAAAGAUUGCUCACGUUCCCACCAAAAUUAUUCAGGGCAUAUUCGUAGAGUGA